AUGACAACAACAAGCAACACCUCCAUCGUUGAACCCCACCUCCUCCGCAACGUAAACACCCACCAACUCCGCGCCUACUCCACACAAGCCUCCGGCCCAACCUACCACCUGCGUGUCCUAGAAAGUAUAAAAGAAGACCACCGUGAGAUAUCCGCCUGCGGCGAACAAAUCCUGCAAUCAAACGACGCGGACGAACAGACGAGGGCCCAGAACAUGUUUACCUGGGAGUUGGCGAGACACGCCGUUGCAGAGGAGUUGGUGUUGUAUCCGGCUAUGGAACAGUAUCUUGAGGGUGGGAGGGGGAGGGAGUUGGCGGAGAAGGAUAGGAGGGAGCAUCAGACUAUCAAGAACCAGCUACACACCUUCCAAAACCUCAAACCAUCCGACCCGCGCUUCCGCCCAACCCUUCAGUCUCUGCUUUCGGACUUCAAAUCCCACGCCCACGAGGAAGAAACCACCGACGUCCCGGCCCUAGACAGCAAACUCUCGCAGGAGGAAUCUGUGGGUUUGAGCAGGGCGCUCGACCGGACCAAGAUGUUCGUGCCGUCGAGGAGUCAUCCCGGGGCGCCAAGUAAGCCGCCGUUUGAGAGUGCGGUGGGCUUGAUGAUGGCGCCGAUUGAUCAUUUGGGGGAUUUGUUUCGGAAGUGGCCGGGGAGGUAG